AUGGAGGAAGAAUUCGAAGGAAAAAUUUUGGGACGGCGAGCAGCUUUGGAUAAUGGAGUGGUGAGGGAAACUCAGGGUCUAAAAUACUUGAAGCAACAGCAGGAGGUUACCGCGAUUGACGAAAUUUCGGCAACGGGUAACAUUAUUUCAGAAUACAAAGUAUUGGAAAAAAUUGGUGAGGGUUCUUUCUCGGAAGUAUUGAAAUGUCAAGAUCGGCAGAACGGUACUCUGUACGCUGCGAAACGUCUCAAAAGGGUAUAUCAGAAUCUGAACGAGAUGAUGGAAAGUCCAGAAGUAAUUGCAAUGAGAAAGAUAAGCCGACAUCCAAAUAUUCUAUCAAUGAUCGAGUCUCAUUACGAUGCGAUGUCGGGUAAAGUAACGCUUGUUUUCGAACUCAUGGACAUGAGUCUCUAUGAUCUCAUUAGAGGGAAAAAAGGACGCACAUUGACGGAGAAGAGGAUCAAAGUUUAUUUGUAUCAGUUGCUCAAAGGUCUGGAGCAUCUUCACAAACACGGCCUCUUUCAUCGCGAUGUUAAGCCUGAAAACAUAUUGGUCAAGGGAGACACUGUAAAAUUGGCUGAUCUUGGAUCGAUACGCGGGAUUUACAGCAGACCACCGUACACCGAAUAUAUCUCGACUCGCUGGUAUCGUUCUCCGGAAUGUUUGUUGACAACAGGCUUUUACGGACCGAAAAUGGACGUAUGGGCGAUUGGCUGCGUCUACUACGAACUAUUAACUUCAAAACCAUUGUUUCCUGGCUCAAACGAGGUCGAUCAAUUAUCCAAAAUUCAUACAAUAUUGGGAACGCCCCACGCGAGGCUAGUGGCUAAAUUUCGGAGACACAGCAAAGCGCGCAACUGCGAGUACUUUUUUCCAAACAAAGGAGGCACGGGCCUCUCUAAUUUGUUGCCACAUGUGUCGGAAAAUGGUCGCGAUCUGUUGAAGCUCACGCUGGUUUACGAUCCGGAAAAUCGUAGUAACGUCAGAAGACUGUUGGAUCAUCGUUAUUUCCAUGAUUUGCGCGAAAGAGAUUUCUCACCGGCGACGAGGCACACGAGUACUUUGAUUGUCCCAAAUUCAUCCCGUGAAAGCGCUCAAUGGAGCAGAAAUCCGGUUUUCUUGAGUUACAUCACAUCGGAGAAACGCCGAAAAUCUAAAGUAUCAAGAGGGCAUCCUUCGAAGAAAUCGUACGAGGAAGACGCGAAUAAUAAAGUUCCACGAGUCGUUGCGUCUUCACCCUCGAAUCGUUGCGACGACGGUGGCGUUAGCGGCGUUGCCGCCGCUUCGACUGGAAACCAAGUACCGAAACAACAGAGGCGGCUCAAUCACGUUUGCCGUAACAAUAACGGAAGAGCAGCGGCGGUAAACAACUCGACGACGAAAAUCCAACCGAGCAAUCGAUUACCGCCGAUCCUUGAUGCUCGAAGCAAACUUAAUUUGUCACGAGAGAGCUCCAAAAGUUUGAAUUUCCCAACGAGAGUCGCUCCGCUAGUGUCUCCAAAAUCUCAUCGUUCCAGAAUGAUGAGCUUUCGCGCCGAGGGCGAAAUUCCUUUCUCCAACAGUUUUCUGCCACAAAUCGCUUUAAAAUCGAGCAGUAAAAGUUUCCAUAGAUUUCCCGUGACCGGCUCGAUUGUUUCGGCACCGAAUGAAAAUUUAAACCCAACAUCUUUUCCAUCGAACGUUCGCCUGCUCCGACACUCCAAACUGGCUACGAUAAACGAACAACAGCAGCAAACUUUGAAUUAUCUCGUGGCGCAACCGGCAAUAAUUCUCAAUAAAUCACCACGAUCCAAAAGUCCGGCAAAGAAAAUUCCAAAGCACGAAAUAUCCCACCAUCAGAGGCUAAAUCCUGGGAAAAAGCUCAAAACGUAUGCGGCCAAAGCGAGCCUCAAACGCGAUAGGUUACAAAUAAUUCAUCUUCAUUACACACUCUCUUGCCGAUGAUACACGCGUGAAUAUAAUAUUAAAUACUUCUUUUCGGUGAAUUUUAGGCUGACGAAAACGUGUGGUGGUUAAACGAGGCUGGACUCGUGAAAAUAAGUCUGCGAGCGGAAAGUUAUUCUCGUCGCGUUAAUAAAAUGAAAACAAAAAACAACAAAAUUACAUCUCGCUUUGUUGAAAGUACGGUGAAAUUGGAAAAAUUUGCGAAAAUAUACCUCCUCCUUCCCUUGUUAUAUAUUUGAAUAAAAGAUUUUUCGAUAUUGUCAAUAAAGAAAUAUGAUGUUUAAA